AUGGCAGAAAGCAUUUUGUUUCGGGUUUGCUCCGGCUUCUCGACGCAGUUGGGCUUUGCCAUAUUUGCAGUUUGUGCUAGCUUUCUGUUGCUGCGGAUGAUUCGACAAAAGAGCCAACUUUCAAGUAUACCUGCAGUAGGAAUUGCUAAGACACGAGAGGAUAGACGAAAAGAGUUUCUUUCUGGAAAAGCAAGGAAUCUCUACAUUGAGGGUUAUAGGAAGUUCAAAGAUGGAGCCUUUCGAAUAAUGACAGCAAGAGAGUCUGAGUGUAUCGUUGUCUCGCCAAAUUUCCUGAGGCAGUUGAAGAAACUGCCGGAUACUGUUUUGAGUUUCAAUGAGGCUGUUGAAGAGGCCUUACAGACGCGAUAUACAAAGAUCUCGAGCAACAUCCCCACGAUACCUCACACUUUGAAGACUUCACUGAACCCUGCAUUGUUUCGUUUGAAUCCUGUAAUCUUGGACGAGGUCACGACGGGCAUUCGAGACGAAUUUCCGCAAUCUUCCGAAUGGACCACAGUUUCUAUCAACAAGAAGCUUAUGCGCGUAGUUGCGAAAACGUCUGGGCGCAUUUUUGUCGGCCCCGGACUUUGCAGAGAUGAGGUUUACCUCGAAGCUGCUGUAGGUUACACAUUCGACAUGACCGCAGCAAUUCAGGCUGUGGGGUUUAUAUCUCCAUGGCUACGGCCCAUCAUGGCGUCACGGCUUCCGCAGGUAAAGAAGCUACAUACGCGAUUUCAGCAAGCUGAUGCCUUUUUGCGGCCCAUCGUGACGGCGCGCAGAGAAGCAGCCAAAAGCCGGCUCGCCGGCGAGGCUAAGCCAGAUGAUAUGCUUCAGUGGCUUUUGGACUCGCAGGAUAAAUUCGGUCAGCAAAGUGACAGAGAAAUCUCGAAAUACCAGCUGAGCUUGACAUUUGCUGCCAUCCACACCACGACAGUCGCUUUGACUCAUUCCUUCUAUAAUCUUGUGGCAAUGCCGGAACUGGUUCAGAUUCUACGUGAUGAAAUAGUGGAGGCUGUGGCUGACACAAAAGGAGAAAUCACCGCCACCGCGAUACAGAGGAUGCUUAAGUUGGACAGCUUCAUCAAGGAGAUAAUGAGAUUUUACCCGCAGACCGCAACCGCAUUUCAGCGCAAGGUGAUGAAAACGUUUACUCUACCCAACGGUCAACUUGUCCCCGCGGGAACCAUCAUCGAAGUUCCCUCUCACGCCAUCAAUUACGAUGAAACCAUUUACGCUGAACCGGAGAAAUUCGACGCUUUACGGUUCUACAACAUUCGAAAACAGAAGGAGGCCGCACUGAGUAUGACAAUGUCGGCGAACGAUGCCACCACCGAAGCAGCAGCGAACAAUCAGUUCACGAGCGUUAGUGAGACGAGCUUAGCUUUUGGCUACGGAAGGAACGCGUGUCCAGGGCGGUUUUUUGCCGCAAAUGAGAUCAAGAUGAUCUUGGCAACUACGAUCUUAAACUAUGACUUGAAGAUGCCGGACGGUUGCACUGCAAGAUAUGAUAAUUUGACAGUCGGGUCCCAGUUGGUUCCUGAUCCUUCUAAGAGCAUCAUGAUGAAGCUGAGAAACAGAGAAGGUUGA